ACCGUCAUUAUCUACUCUGACCUCAUACAAUCCCCCCAUUACCAUAGCUAAAAUUGCAUAUUCUGAAGACCAUUUAAACAGAUGUUUUUUUCAUCUGAGCCCUUUUGCCCCCAGAAGUAGUGCACUUUCCAUUACAUUACUAUAAUUUAAAUACCCACAUGACACAGUAGGAACUUGUCAGUGCAGUUUAAGAUUCAGAUUUGAGAAUUACAAAGCUUCUUUUUGUCUUAUUUGCGCAUAUUUAGCAUCAACAAAAUGCGAAUCAAAUGUUUUGGGUAAAAAUGUAAGCAAAUCAUGUAUCCUAUCUUAUUACCUACUCUACAGUCUAUAACUCCGUGUUUUACUACUUGGCCAAUAGCUCACGUCUCUCCUCUAUCUGCAACCACAGUAAAAGGAAAAAGAAAUGUUCUAUUAUCGCUGCCCACUUUAUGGAGGAUGGAGAGCUGGUCCUUCAUAUCAGCUUGCUCGUAGAACUAUUGAACUACCCUUUCACAAGGUUGUCAAUAUGGCCAGGGUGUUUUUAGUACCUUUUCUGUGGCGGCGGCCAUGUUGGCGUUGGUGACGCGUGUUGAGCGAGACCGUGUAGUUCACAAAACUAGAUGAUAUUUUACAUAAACUACGACGAACUGUGACCUUCUUGACUUGAAAAAUGAUGUUUAAAAGUGACAAACAUAUUCUAUGUAGUUCAUGCGCAGCUCAAGCCUGAUGAAGAAAAACGACAUGUCUCUCUCCAUUCACUGCCAUAAGUUUUUCAAUAAAUGGGGUCCCAUGGGGUCCAUCGGAAGGGGCGUGGCUUUGGCUCCCUAUUGAGAAAAAAACAAUAAGCACAGCUGAGCGACAUCAGUCAUUAGGACCAAGAGCCCAAACAGGAGUCAUAAAAACGUCCCUCUUGUUUAAAGACAUAUGUGCUGUGCUAUACGUUCCUAUAACUCCGGUUUUGUGUGAGGCUAAAUGUUGGAAUAAAGUCAAAAUAAAACUCAGGCUACUGGCUCAAAACUGGAUUCCCUCCAGGACACGUCAAAGCCACUUAACAGUGACACGUUCCUCAUAAAACACUGACAAAUUGCGUUUUGUGACUUUGGUCUCAACCCUGGAGACUCUCAAAUUACGCACGACGCGCGUCAUGAAUUCAGCAGUGUCCAAGUGGGCUAAAAAGCCGCUCAUCACCCCUCCUCAUCGCUCCUCUCCUCUCCCCCUCCUUCUCUUCUCUCUCUCCUUCUCCCCCUCCAUGAAUCCUUCGGGCCAAAUACUCUGCUCACUCUCGCGGCGUGUGCGUCAGCGAGCGGUCUCCUCCGCCGCUGCUCGACAAAAACCACACGCAGCUGCUUUCAUUCUCCAGUGCUCGCCGCGGCACGAUCAGGAGGGGAGCUCUCUUCUUCGUCCUCUUCUUCUUUUUCUUCUUCGCGGCAGGGAUGGCACCUCUGAUGUUUCUGACAUAGGACAAGAAAUCACACGUUUUCCCUUCUCAUUGUGACCGCGCAGCUGACUGAAGUGCCAUUUUUUUUGUUUGUUCUUUUUUUUUUUUUUCCGGAGGAACAAACUUCCGAAACGUCCUCACUGGCCGCUAGGUUUCAUGUGUUUUAUGUGUUUGCGCUCAACAGUGAGGUAGACUUAUGCGGGCGGAUUUUACGCGAGGGUCGGCGCGCGGUUGAUCCCGUGGAUGCGGCUGUCGGGGUCGGUGUCUGAGCCCUGCAGGAGCAGCCUGUCAUAGGGCAUCACGAUGUCUCUGGCUGUUCUCAAGUGCAUGAGGAAUAUUUCUCCGGAGAUGCUGCCGCCGCCGCCGCCGCUGCUGCUGCUGCCGCUGCUGGUGCCCAUUCUGUGGUUUUUACCUCUGACCGGAGCGGCUCCUUCUUCGACCACCGAGCAGCUGGACACCGGGGUGGACUGGCUGAGUAAGUUUGGCUACCUCCCACCCCCUGACCCAGUGACCGGGCAGCUUCAGACCAAGGAGGCCCUGACCAAGGCCAUCAAAGCCAUGCAGAAGUUCGGAGGGCUGAAGGAGACCGGAGUGUUUGACCAAGCCACGUUGGGCUUAAUGAAAACACCCAGAUGUUCCCUGCCAGAUGUUUCUGACGGAGAGGUGACAAUGGGCCGCAGGAAACGAGGCCUGACUCCCCAGAACAAAUGGAAUAAGAGGCAUCUAUCCUGGAGAGUGAGGACGUUCCCUAAGGAUUCGGCCUUACUGGGCAGGGACACUGUUCGCGCCCUGAUGUACUACGCCUUGAAAGUCUGGAGUGACAUCGCACCACUUAACUUCCACGAGGUGGCAGGAAGUGAUGCGGAUAUUCAAAUCGACUUCACUAAGGCCGACCACAAUGACGGGUAUCCCUUUGAUGGGCCGGGCGGCACCGUGGCGCACGCGUUUUUCCCCGGCGAGAGGUUCACGGCUGGGGAUACGCACUUUGAUGAUGACGAGGCCUGGACCUUCAGAUCACCAGACUCUCACGGAAUGGAUCUGUUUGCAGUCGCAGUCCAUGAGUUCGGUCACGCCAUCGGCCUGGUCCACACCUCAGCCAUGGAGUCCAUCAUGAGGCCGUACUACCAGGGUCCUGUAGGAGACCCGCUGAAAUACGACCUGCCCUACGAAGACAAGGUCCGCGUCUGGCAGCUUUACGGUGUCAGAGACUCAGUGUCCCACACAAACCGACCAGGCAGCCCCUCCCAGACGGCUGAACCUCCCGUCCUGCUCGACCUGCCUGAAAACAGAUCCACUCUCCUGCUGGCGCGAGAUGCCCCCGACAGAUGCAGCGGCCACUUUGAUGCCGUGGCCCAGAUACGAGGGGAGGCCUUCUUUUUCAAAGGAAAGUACUUCUGGCGACUAACGAGAGAGAAGCAUCUGGUGUCUCUGCGCCCGGCUCAGAUCCAUCGCUUCUGGAGGGGCCUCCCAACCAACCUGGACAGCGUGGAUGCUGUGUACGAGAGGCCAGGGGACCACAAGAUCGUCUUUUUCAAAGGUCUAAAGUACUGGGUAUUUAAAGACAACAUCGUGGAGGAGGGAUAUCCUCGUCCGAUCACUGACUUUGGUCUACCCUCGGAGGGAGUGGAUGCGGCUUUCGUUUGGCUACACAACGACAAAACCUACUUCUUCAAGGACAACCACUACUGGCGCUAUGACGACCACCUGAGACGUAUGGACCUGGGCUACCCUAAAGACAGCAUGCUUUGGAAAGGGCUGCCAUCACAACUGGAUGAUGCCAUGAGGUGGUCUGAUGGCUCGUCCUAUUUCUUCAAGGGGAAGGAGUACUGGCGAGUGCCUGGCAGCGACAUGGAGGUGGAGGCCAGUUUCCCCCGCCUCAUCGCAAAAGACUGGCUCCUGUGCACCGAGAUGCAGUCGGACUCUCCGGACACGGAACCCAAAAGCACGGAGACGGGAGGCAACGUGCACCAUCACUCAGACCACGCAGAGAACGGCUUUGAGGUGUGCUCCUGCACCUCGGACACGGCCUCGCCUUUAGGUGCCCGCCCCUCCCCAUCUCCCAUGUGGCUGCUCCCACCUCUCUGGACGCUCUCGCUGGCGUUCCGCUCUGAACCGCUAUGAUGCCAAAGCAGGGGACAGAGUUCCUGAGCUGACUGGUGGAGGGCCAGUGGACACUCAGCGGAGGAACUGGAACAUUUUGUUCUCACUAUAUCAUUUGGUAACCUUUUGCGCUAAUUUUGCUGUAAUUUAUUUCAUAUGUCAUGGUGGGCACUGCCAACGAAAGUACUCAUCCUUAUAGGCAUCAACCCAUUCACAAUGCUUUACAAAGUUUUUCAUUCAAUGGUCAAACUGCCUCAUCUCUGCAAGGAAAGGUUGAAUAGAAAGACAAGCAUCAACAGUGAGCAUUAUUAUACUUCAUGUGCAGCAGGUUUACAGCAGCAAUGCCUCACACAUAGACAAAGAAGGGAAGUGGGCAGGUGCAACGGUAGACUGCAUGCCAACACACACAAUGUUGCCUGUUUAAAUAAAUAACAAUAAAUGCUUUACGAGAGGGUCAGUUCAACAAAUGAGGUCAAAGGGAGGUAAGAUCAUUUCUUAGAUAGGUAACUGAUUUUUAAGUCUCAUUCCCAGGUCGUUAAAUACAGACAUUUUGGGUUAAAAUUUUGGGCGAAAUAAUGACAAAGUGUCGGGACUUGACAACCUAAGAAUGAGACUUACUUCUAUUCUCCAGAAUCACCUUUCAUACUUUCAAAAGUAGUUCAAAGGGGCUGAAAAAAACAUAAUUUUAUAUUUACCUUCUGUGCUAUCAAGCCACGUAGAUGGUCCGAUUGUUGUGUCAUAGUUUCUGCUUCCAUCCCAGCACAAUGGAGGUGAAAUUAAGGUAACCAUUACAUUUACAGUGUUAACUGUAAACUAAAUAUAUGGUAAAUAAUAGCAUUGAUUACAGAGAGACCACAGCUGAAAUACUAAGAACAACCUCCAGCUAUUUCCCUUCAGUUCAACAAGUACCUUGUUGUAGUAACCAGUUUAGGCUGGGACUCAGAUAUAAUUGUGUACUUCCUUGGAUUACCUCCUUGAUGCGUAUCAAUUCAAGUUACAGUUGUGGUUCUAAGUUUUAUGUUGGUAACAGCCUACUUGCCAAUAAAUGUUGUUCUUUUAUUCAUGGCUACACCCACUCAUAAAGAGAUUUACCCUUGAAUCUAUGGAAUUGUACAAAUAUUGGAUAUGUGCUUGGAGAUGUUUUUAAAGUUUAUUUAGAAAGUCAGCUGAAACUGAGUUGUAGCUAGUUCACCAAAAGGAUUUUUCGGAAAAUUACAUUUGGGAAAUUCAACAGUAGCAUGCCUUAGGGUCAAGGCAAUGGCAGUGUUACAUUUUGGGGUUUAUUUCCUCUGUUAAAAAUAGUUCCAGAGGGGAAAAAAUUGUUCAUCAAGAAGGUCCAGAGUAAACGGCACACUUUUUCUGCGAAGACACAGAGCUGUUGAGUUUUAGGGUAACUUUUCAGUGGUGUGUGCACCAUUAACACUUUACAUUCACCUCCAUUGAAUUGGAUGUCUCAGAAAAUGGGGCAAAUAAUAAAUAGACUAUUCGCAUGGCAGGAUUGCACCAGAGGGGAUUGAGGAUAUACAGUAUAUAUAACACACACAAGUUUGGGUGUGAACUAGCCUCACUGAAGUGCCCCUGAUAAGCAUGAAUGUUUUGUAUCCUGCUCUCGUGGGCAGAAUGCAAACUUCUGCUGUGGGAGUUCUAGAUGGAUGGAUGAGUAGGUCGAUCGACUCUGUCAGCACCAGUUUUCUUGCCUAGAUCUCUCCAACUGCAGUCUGAAGUGAGGAACUGCUGCUCAUGUACUCAUUUCCUCCACAGGCUCAUAACUUUCUCCUCUGGUUUGGAAGCAUUCCCUGCUCUUGGUUUUAGUUGUAUCUUUUUAUAUCCGAUUCUGAGAAAAGUGAUAUUCCUGUUUAUUUGACAUUGUUUUGAUCAGGUCAUAGAGUUUAUAGAGCCUUUUUGUGACUGUUGGAUACAUUUCCUUAAUCACCCGCCUCGGCUCCUCAAGACAAGAGUCACAACUUGGCGCCUGGAUUUAUUCUUGCUGUAAAGAUAUAUUUACCUAUAGACUGAUAUAUUUGAGUUGAACGGUUCUGCAGUUAUUGCACAACCUGGUGGACUGUGUAUAUUUCGAGGCGUGUUUUCUAAUGUAAAAUAUUUUUGUAGAAAAAUAAAAACAAUCUGAAUGA